AUGAACUCAACACCUCAGCAAGAAUUAAAAGCCCUCAUCGAGUUCAGGCCAUUCUCACGCUUGCCAUUCGAACUUCAAGCCCGAAUUUUCAAAGAAGCACAACCUGGUCCUGUGGUCACCGAUUUGCUUUUAUUUAUCCAUAUAGAGGGAAAUGAUAGAUCAUUUACUGUUACCCCUCCUAGAAAUUAUGGGCUGAACAGUUUACUACUAGCUUGCAGAGAAUCACAUGCAGAGAUCACUCGCAGAUUUCUAAAAUUUGAAGUCAUGACCCCGCCUGUACUUGACGACUAUGUGUGGAAGCACAGCAGUUACUUUCGGCCUAAUAUCGAUAUUCUUCUUGUCGAAGCCGCAAUGAUUCUGCAAUUAUAUGACAUGGGCGGAAGUUUAUCUGUAGAAAACAUCACACAGUUGGCGUUGGAUGUAUUUCAAGAAUCGUGGUAUUGUCCUCUCACGACCUUUAGCGCCAGAAUGAACAACGCAGCCAAGCUAUACACGUUCCUGAGUAACCAUUGUCCAGCUCUCUCAAAACUAUGGCUCAUAGUUGAGACAGAAGUUUCUCCCAUAGAAUCUCCAUCAAGCACGCACCUACUUCGAAUGCUGGAUGUUUCAGAUGGAUUGAUAGAUCUUGAUUUGCGCGUACAGUACGCCCCAGGCCUAAGCGACCGACAAAGGUACUUGCAAAGAAUGUACUUGCAGCUACAAAUGAAUAAUAUCAAAGGAUACGCGGACAAGAUUGCUGGAGACUUCAGUCGGUUUUUGAAUACGGAAGAAAGUGAUCCCUGGCCUUCACCUGGAGAGGCAACUCUAGAAUACUGGAAGACUCGCAGGCCUGUAGCCGCUCUGGUGUGCUUGAUUACUAAAUAUGAAAGUGGCAGGGAUAUGUAUUCAUGCAAAGUCGAACACAGUGGUACUUCAGCCUGGCUUUGGGUGCCCGUCUUGGACGUCAACAUUGCAUGCCAUAAGGACGCAAGUCCUGUGCAUAAAUACAAAGGGCUGGCUCAGAUAUUUGAUGGUGAACCGUGGUAG